GCAAAUAUUUUUUUCAUUCGGGAAAAUCAUAUAUUUAUCAUUAUUGCAAUAUAUCUAGAACAUGUAUUACAGUAGAUAUUUCAUAUAAUAUUCGUUCGAGUAAUAUAAUACAAGAUGGCUGAUAUCAAAUCUAUGCUUAAAGAAGCUAGAAAACUUGUAGAUGAGAAAAACUUCAAGGAAGCUCAAGAAUGCUGCAAGAAUAUUCUUCGUAAGGAUAAACAAAAUUACUUAGCUUUAGUUCUUCUCGGGAAGUCUCUUCAAGAUGCUGAACAAGCUCCACUGGCAUACCAGAAAGCUAUAGCUUGUAAACCAGAUCAACCACUAGCUUGGCAAGGCCUUGCCAACUACUAUGAGAGGCAAAAUGGCUCUACUGGUACAAACAAAUUAUUAUCAACUUAUGCUGAAAUAUUGAAACUUCAAAUUGACACUGAGAAAGCAUUAGAAGUGGUUUCCAAGGUUGGUCAACUGGGUUCUUCCAUGAAAGAAAAUGAGUGUUUGGGUAUCCUACUUGAUUAUGUGCAGAACAACACAUUAGAGAGUAAAGUGAAAGGUACUGCUGAGUUCCAAAUUAAAGAAAUGCUUAAACAUGGUGUGAAAUGUGAACAAGGACAGAUACCUAUUGUUUUGAACAUAUUGAAUGAAAUGAUGACUCAAAAUCCUAAUGAAAUAGAACUUCUAUAUGUAAAAGUAAUCUUUCAAAGAGAGAACUUUGUGGAAGCUGCUGAAGAAGUAAUCAAUUUACACUUUUUCCCAAAUAAUCCUGUAGUGAGGGAAUGGAUUUGUAAUGAAUUGUGUAAGAAGUUUGUUGAAAAAGAUUCAUUUCAAGGACUGGACAUUCAAAAACAUGUUGAUAUUAUCAUCAAAGGCAUUGAAACCUCUAAACCAGCUUCAUUGUUAAAAAGUAUUAUUUGUUAUGAGCAAUCAAACUACCUAGAUUCCUAUAAACUAUGUGUUCCACUAGUGAACUAUGUGCAGCCAAACAUUAUUGAAGCUACUUUCAUUAUAAGAUGCUCAAUCAAAUUGAAAAAUUGGCCUAUCACUCAAAAACUUGCAAUGAACUUCUUAACUAAAGUUAUUGAUGACCAGUUCAGUAUGCAGUUAAAGAAGUAUCUGUUUUUCUCUCUAGCUAAGCAGCAAAAAUGGGAACAAGCUUUGAGUGCUGUUAAAGGGUUGCCCUUUGAAGGUUUACAUACAGGUGAACAAGCAUUAUUUGCUGAAUGUCAAAUACAACUAUGUAAGGAUGCAAGUGCUGCUCUAGAUAAACUUCAAGGAACAACUUAUUACUUACCACUUCAGGCCCUUCAACUUCUGAAGCAAAAUAAAUACAGCGAAGUCAUAAAAUUACUUGAAGAGCCACACACAGACCCAAUCUGCCUAUUUUUCUUGGGGAAAGCACAUUGGGAACUCAAACAGUAUGAGUUGUGUCACCUGAAUCUACUGAAAUCUGCAAAACUCAACCCAGAACAUUCAGAUACUUUCUUGUACCUGGGCCACUUUUACAGAUAUCAUAUUCAGGAUCUGGAGAAAGCCAAGAAGUGCUAUGAAAAAGCAAACAAUCUGAAUGGAUAUGACAGUGAAAUAGUCAAGAAUCUCAGUGAAAUCUAUACAGAUUUAGGUCAACGGGAGAAUGAUUAUGGCUUACUAACCAAAGCUGUUGAAAAACUUGAUGUGAAUGAGGGCUGGAUUCAUUUCAGAAUAGGGCUACAUCACUUGAGUAAAAGAGAUUGGGAAAAUGCAAUAAUAUACUUUAGAAAUGUUAUUAAACAGGAACAAAACAAUUCUACUGCUUUAGAGUGUUUAGCUGAUGCAUAUUUCUCAAGAGGUUCAUAUGUUUCAGCUCUACGUGCCUACCAUAGAGUCAUUGAGUUAAAUCCCACAAAAGCCUUGCAUUGUCUGACCAGAAAUGGUUACAUUCAUUCUUUACUGACACAGUAUGAAGAUGCUAUAGCAACAUUUCGAAAAGUACUUCUGAUGGAUGCUUCAUCUAUAUUAGCACUAAAAGGCAUAGCUGAAACUUGGAUGAGAAUAGCUAAAAAGAAAGUAGCAGCCAAGCUAUUUGGUGCUGCUAGAGACUGUGCCCAGCAAGCUGUAGAUUAUGUAUCUAAGGCUUUAUCGCAAAAUAAAAACUAUGCUUGCCUUUGGAAAAUCUUAGGAGACACUUUAAUGUUUAUGACUAAGUUUCCAACCAAAUAUGCAUUUGUGUACUUUAAUUCAACAUUCAAGAAUGACAACAAAGAUAAUAGCGAUAAAAAGGGAAAGCUAGACAUAUUUCCUCAAGCUAUAGCAUGCUAUUCUCUAAUAGCAAAACAAAAGCAACAGUCAACAUCAUAUGAUUUAGCUUCUGCUUACCUUGAAUAUUACAAGCAGUCCAGCAAAGAUGUCAAUGGUUGUGUCGCAUUUAACCUGACUAUAGCAUCUAUCAAAAAGAAGCCAUAUCUAUCGAGGAACUGGGAUCUACUUGGGAAGAUCUGUUGGAACAUGAAGAAAUAUAGCCUGGCUCAACAUUGUUUCAUAAAAGCACUGUCACUCACUCGCAAAUGGUCUGUAGCCAAGAUUUGGUGUAACUUGGGAACCUUGUAUGUGAAACUGAAACACUACAAGAUUGCUAAUUACUGUUACUGGAGGGGGCAGUCUACACUACCUUCAUACCCUCAGAGUUGGAUAGGUCAGGGACUCAUUGCUGAACAAAUACGUGAAGAGGAAGCCAUGGACUUAUUCCGACAUGCAUGUCGCCUCGGGUACCACCAAGAAUGUGCCCUCGGCUAUGCUGACUGGGUGUGCCGCACUCUCAAGAAGAGUAAUACAGACACUGCUGACUUUAAAUAUGUUAUUGAGGGCCUACAUGCAAUACCUUAUGCUAUGGACCUUAUUGAGUGGUACUCUUGUUUUGAACCUGAAAGUGCCUUUGCUUGUACAGUUCAAGGAAUCUUGCAAGAAAGAUCUGGAUUACUAGAAGCCGCAUACAAAUCUUAUGAGAAAGCCUUUAGAUAUGCACCAGACGAUAAGAAGAAUAUUACUUUGCUCAAUAUGGGCCGCAUACUUUUAAGGUUGCAUAAAUAUGAAGAAGCAAUUUUAGUUUAUAAGGCAAUCACAGAAGCCAGUUUAAAUUCUGCUUGUGGAUUAGCACUGGCACUGUUCAAGAAGGGACUCUAUGAAGAAUCCUACUCUGCUUACGACACAGCACUGCAUUGGCUCAGCAAUAAUGAUGCUGACAAAGCUGACCUCCUAGUAGCGAUGGCUGGGAUCAUGUACAUGUUCAAGGGCCUUGAUGACGCUAAAACAAUUCUAUUCCACAGUAUACAGGUCGCGCAGCAGAAGCCUACCGCGAACAGUCUAUUUUCUAUAUGUGCACUGGGCCUGAUCCAUACAGACGAUAGUUUGUCGAAGCUAGCUGUGAGUGAGUUGAAAAAGUAUGAGAAGGACGAAAAACUGAGCACAGACAUAGGUUUCUUGAAAUCCUAUCUUCUGCUGUGUGAAGUUGGAGUGGAAAGGGCUAUAAAGUGUUUGAGCGAGACGCUGCACGACCACCCCAGCAAUGCGAUGCUGUGGUUCUUCCUCGCGCAGUACUGCCUGCGGGACGGGUACCGCGCGCGCGUGGCCAGCUGCAGCGCGCAGCGUGCCCUGUGCGCCGCGCGCGCCCACAACCACACUGCCGAGUCACCCAAAAUACUCGCCACAGCCAGCAUUGCCGAACAUGUAGCUGGAAACAAACUAAAAGCGCUCACUCUGGCGAAGCAAGGUCUGCACAUGUACCCGCAAACAGCCGAAAUUUGGGCGGCAUUAUUAUUUUCUAUGCAGUCAAACAUUGCAUUUGUUGAAAAGAAAAAAUGGAUGAUUGGUGCAGCUGGGCACAUGAGAAGCCAAUUAGAGAUAACCGCACCAUUAAGCAAAUGGGCUGGUGUCCUUGAAAAGAAGCUAACUGCUGCAUAGAUUCUGAAUAUAAUAA